AUGGAUUCGGCACGCCAUGAAGAUGCUCCGUCAUUGCUCUUGCAAAACCGGCAACGGCAGGCAAUGCAGAAGCAAGGAUGCGCCCAAGCGAACACCGACAAAGAUACAACCCGGAUGCGGCCAACCAACGAAGAAAGGCCCAAUCUCCAGCAAAGACCGCACGAUGAGGUACAUCUCCAUUUGGUUGCAGGAGCAUAGCAGGAUCUGAUUCACGACAUUCAUGGUUUCUUGCGAAGCACAGCAGUCGACCUGUCGUAGUCGUGGUUGCAGGUUGCAUAGUUUUUGGCCGCCCGUUUUUGAAUACUUGAGUUUGUUUCGAAUUUACGUGCAAGAACUCGUUGGGCGCUAGUAGCAGAAUAUAGUUUCCAAUAGUCUGAGCAACACUGGUACAACUUUCAAUGAAGCUGGUAUAUUCUUUGACGUGGAAGGUUGUCUGCUCAACCGCCGCGAAUCGAAAAUGAAUUCAAAAUCAGAGUCCCUCGGGUGUAGUUGGAAAACAAUGUGGCACAGGAAAAACGAAAACCUGCAUCCAGAGCAAAAACGCAAAAGUGCCCCCUGCGCCGGCGACCAAAAGUGGAGCCAAACGACUUAGCCAGGUAGGUUUUCUAGCAAUAGGCACAGAACAAGUCGCACGCUUUGAAGAUGCUUGCCAGAAGCGCAGGCGGCUGCUGACGCAUCUUCUGCGCAUGUGCAAACCUUUGGCGCAUUUUUCUUAGCAUGAGUCUGGGCCGAGCGACUGCCGCAAUACGUUCACAGACCGGAAAAAGAGGUGCAAUAACUACAGAAAAUCGUCAUCGAUGCGAAUUAUAAACGCAUGACAAUACUCCAGACCACGACCACUGCCGCUCAAGCAAUCACCAAAAACCCUGAGCAAGGAGCAGCAGGGCGACGAGAAAGAGAUUCAUUGCCGUUCGCGAGGACCUCCGGGCCGCCGGGUGGUGUAGGUGCGCAUUUAGAGAACCAGACCAACACAGACAAGGGGAAUGAAAAAACUGGCGACCACGCUAAACCUCGAGGCAGUGGCAAAGGGCCGGCUGUGCGGGUGGAAAAAGGGCAUGUGCCUGGAACGUCUUCCGAGCCCGGUACUCGGCAUCCGGAGCUCCUGAUUCAAAAGUAUACUAGCGCAACACGGGGGCGGGUAUAGUUCAUUCGCUCCGGCAUCAGGGAUCGCCCAUUUUCGGGCAACUUUGUUGAUUUUGUCUUCCUGCUUGCACGUCUGCCUCAAUGUAUAUUAACACUAUCUCGGCGACGGCGUACUAUGUGCAUCAACCGCUCGCGUUGGCGGGUCUGUCAGGUAGUACUACACUUUUCCCUCGUAUCGUUUCAACAUGAACCGAUGCCGCAAUGUUCACACCUUUCAAAACAGGACCGCGAAGAUCGACCUAAGGUGGGGCAACGCCACCUGCGGCAGGCCAUGACAAGUACGGGACCAGUGCAGCAGCUUGACAAGGUGACGGAAGGCAGAGCUGCAUCCGUGGUGAGGACGGUUUCUCCUAGUGCAGAUAUCUGCAAAAAUGCCAGAACGAGUUCGGGACAAGAUGUAGGCGGCGCGGGGGAGAGGAUGCCAGAAACUUUCUGCACAGACCGAGGAACAAGAACGGGGACCACGCAGGUACUUACUCUUGAUCGGCCAGAAACUCACCUAUUUGCCGGUCAUCUAAUAUUUUUCAUGGUGUCGCCGCGUAUAGCAUUUGUAUAUCGGCCUCUGUGCGUUUGACUUGCAUAUAUUUUUGCAAUAUGCCAACACCAGCUUCAAAUCCAAACAUUUUGUGGCAUAGCGACAUUGGUUGUUCUCGUCUCAGCGACUUGAGCACUAUUGUGUUCUCUUUGACCAGUUCGGCCACACCGAAGGAAAAGUCGAGGUGUAUCCGCCCGCUGACGGCGAUGCAAAUUUUUUCAGAUACAACUUGACUCUGCUAUCGACUACAGGUCAAUAAUUGUAAUACCACGCACCCAACGUCAACAUCGAGAAGUUCCUUAAUGCGCAGUCCCCAACAUCCGGCGGAGAAAAAGAAGGCCGACGACCAAGAACAGGAGGAAAGGCAUGAAAUGGAAGAUGGAGCUUCAUCGGCCAAUCGUAGCAUUGCCGAGGACGCACAGCAGCAUCGUGGGACCGUGUCGCUGAAGCGAACUGCAGAUCUAACUCGAGAUAGCAAAAGAAGAAAACUCGACGCCGGCGGGGCUCCACCGGAAAAACUGGAUCCCGUGCAUCGGUGCGGUGAUGAAAACUUAGAUCGAACCGCGAGUGUUGGACCCACGUCGCUACUACGUCAUCGUGAAAAAGAUAAUUCCGGCGCACGAGGAGGUACGGCUCCAUGCACUGCAGGUGCUCCUGAAAAAUGUCCACGUCCAGCCGGCUCCGCUAGUACAGAUUCGGUGAACUACGGAAUGGGCGCUGACGAGCAAGAAGCCUUUUUAAAUGUUGAACUUGUUCACCCUGUUCAGGCGAACGGAGCUGCAAGGACCGAUAUCGAAGGACAAGCAGCAGAGAUCACAGGGACUCGAGGGGGCUCGACCCUGAUUGUACCCUCGACAAGCAGUUGUAUCUCCACACCAGCAGCUCCUGCAGAGGGAGACCUGUCUUCGAAAAAUGCAGAUACGUGCAACAGUUCCAAAGACGGUGACGUAUUCUUUACGGAGCGCAGUGCAGACCACACUUCGGUCUUCACCGCUAGACGGAAGUGCGACGAAUGCAAACGCUUGCAAGAGGCCCUACGUCAAGCUGACUCGGUCGCCGCAGCAAGAAACAAGUCGUUGCAGAUUCGGCUUGCCAUACUGGAAAAGGAAAAAACGCACGUCGUAGCGCGGGAAAUGGCUACCGCAAACGAGACGAACAAAGAACUGCAGGUGAAAGAUAAGGCUUUCGCGGAGUACAAGGCGCAGAAGGAACGAGAAGUGGCAGAGCUUCGACGAACUCUGCAGCAGGCGGUGGAGGAAACUAAAGCUCAGAGUGUGCAGCAAGUGCGCGAUUUCGAGGCCAAAAAGGCACAGGAACUGGAAGAUUUGCGGGAAGCAUCGCGUGCAAGGGAAGACGCCUUGCGGCUCGAGGUGCAAGUUGCAAAGGAGGACGCAGACCGAAUUCGCAGCAAAAUGCAGGUGGCGGCAAUUUCAUUCAUGGAGGAGCUUAGUCCGGGGUUUACGAUUACGCCCGAGUCUAGGUCCUGUAAUUCAAUCGUCGCACAGAACAAGAUGACUGGUUCUACUAUUGCGCCGGAGGAACAAGCGGAGGCAAAAGUGAUACGUUGUCGAGUGUCGUGUCCUAGUAUGCCGGCAGUGUCAGAGGAUGAACGACAGCAACAGCAAGACCCAGCAAUCGGCGAGGAAGCAACUUCGUGCGCGACGAGUAACCUACAGCAUCUCGCCGACCACGGGCCCCGAGCUACCGCAAGCCUAGUCUCGUCGCGUCCGUCAAGCGCCGUUACCGAUCCCCGCACGAUCCAGCCGACUUCUGUCCCCCCGUCGCAGCCGAGCGAACCAACGGCGCAAUCCCAGCUUCCUCAUCAUCGCCCAAGCCAUGGAUCUCCCGGUGUCAAGAUUGGUGCUGGCAGCAUGUUGCCCCAGCCGUUGCUCGAAACAAGAAACCACAAAUUAAACCGCAGUGAGACGAAUGAGUCUUGCCUCCGCAAGGAACAAUCGUCGCGACCUGCAACUGACACCAAGACAUCAAAUCAUGUACUACCUGCAGUCCCGGCUCUGCUGUGUGAGGAGCCAUCAAGAGCCGACGACAUGGAGGUAGCCGUGCCUGUUGUUACCGAAGCGUUUCCAUCUCGACGGAGCAGCGGGGCAAGCGCAGUAGAGAGCGAUCGGCCGGUCUUGCGUCAGGAGGAUGUGGACAACGCCGCGGACCGUGCCAUAGACGCCGAGGACGUAGUUCUCGACGCAGAUAGGGUUUUGUCUACUAAUAUUGCAGGAGCACCGUGCUUGCAAUCACAGGACAAGGGCGAGGACGGUUCACUAUCUGCAGGUAAUAUCAAGCGUAAACAUGUGUCUGUCGCCGGGGAAGAUUCGAACUUAUAAAUGCACACUUCAGAUCGAGCAAAAACCUGUCAUGCAUGAGCAGCGAAGAAAGCUACAGUUACUGCAAUGCUUGGUAUAAUUAUGUCUCAGAAGGAGAAGCAGGUUUGUACAAAGCGGCUGAGGCAUUGAAGCGUCUUCUCGACUAACAGUUGCAACGCCAGACCUUCUUGGUCGUCAGUGUCACCUGAAAACUGCUGCAUGACAAAAUUCUGCUUUCAUCCCGACCCAGACAUACUUGCACUUGAUCCGAAAAUCGAAAGAAGCAGAUCGAGCGGAGACCAACCAGGCAAUUGUGACGCAAAACCUCUCCGAUGUGUCGAUGGAGUCGUCGCCUAGUGAAAAAUCGCGGGACCACGAAACUUGGCAGGCUCCGUCUGUGUCAUUCACGGAACCCCCGCCUUCGCAGGAGCAGGACUGCAAUGAUAAAGAUCCUUCUUUGUCACAGAAUCGGAAUCGCGCGGGCGGUACGGAUGGUGAAGCGCAGAUACUGGACUUCUCAGAUCUGACUUCUGAAGGUUUCGACGCGGUCAUCAAUGGAGGGGGUGGCGGUUUCAUGGUGCCACCAAAGUUAGAGAUAUCGGCUUCGCCUCACAUCACGUAUGCAGUGUAAAAGUAUAAACGUAAAUAUUUGCAUGCUGGAAAUUCAAAUUGCAUAUAGACAAUUUGUUCUUCGCAGAACAAGAUGCAAAUUGUAUACUUAUGAAGUUUUGGGUACGCAUUCAUCGCAGCCAUACCAGAUCUGUCAUGCAUGACUGCGUUUAACUUUAAUACGAGAAAGAGUGUAAUGAGUAAGAUACUUUUGCACAGGAUAUUACCACACAAAUAAACUACAGCGAGACUGUCUUUUAUUCAAGGCCGUGCUGGAGUAGUCAACCAAAGGCUCGGCUACGGUUUUGGCAUGAUUUGGCAGCAGAAAUAUCAUUUUCAGUCUCGCUGAGCACGAGCGGCACGACGGAAAGUGGCAUGCGCAGAUAGAGCUCCAAGUCGUGGUGAGUAGUGAGAGACUUUCUGUAUUUCUUUGUCUACGACGAACACGAAGUUGGUAAAUAGAAAUAGCGCAUAGUACUGUCUUCUACUUCUAGAGAGCUGCGACCUAUCUGGCGAUUACUCUGGAAAGCUUUUGCUUUGGAUAUGAGCUUUACGGGGGAUGCAGACGACACGAAGGAGGAGCUCAUCAUCGAUUACCAAUCGGGACGAAGGUGAUGUGCAUCCAGGAGGCCGAUGACCUCGUCAUGCCACGGCGAUAAGACAAAGCAAGCUCGAAAAAUCUCACAGCUGUUUCUAUGAUCGAUGUUUGUCUUUGUGCAGCUUAUUCUGUAUCUUUUACGGUCAUUCACAUUCCCUAAGUGGACCCCGUUUUUUGUGUGCGCGUUCUUGUCGAAAUAGAAAAUUCUGAGUUUGAGCAUGUGGAGCAAAUUAUGUCACUCUCGGUCUACGACUGGAAAAAAAAAAUCAUGUUUUCUUUUAUGUAUAUGAAAGUAAUGCAUGUCCUCAGGCUCGGGCUGCUGCAGAGGCAAGGACAGUGACCGAUACUUGACGAAGCAUGUCGACGUUUGAGUUUCUCUUUGCUGCUGUGGUCCGAGUGCUCAUCCUGAUGUCACAUCAUUUUUUCUUUUGCACACAUCUCCCGGACUGGUGAACUCGAUAGCGGGGAAAAAAUGGGCGAUGUCGGAGACAAAUCCAGACCUGGUGGCGCUUGUCGACGAUCCCAGUUUUGUAUUCGCAAUUUCGCGGCGCCGCUGCGACCGGAGAUCCAGGCGAGAAGAAUAUCUGGUCGGCGGGAGAUGGUUUUUCGGAGCAGCGGGUGGGGUGUAUACUGCUGUCGAGCCCGCCUAGCGGGCCCGUACUCGCGGUUUGCUGAUUUGAAAGAUCACGUAGCUGGACGAGUUAGUAUUGCUAUUUGCAACUGGUAAGAAUGUUUUACGGAUCCCCGUAUAAUUAUCUUCUACAUACAAGUACAGAUACAGAACCACAGAGCAGUCUCUAUUUCUACCGCAAAAACGACUUAGUGCUAGCUCGAAACCAGGUCCGACAGCAGCGGCGGAUCAAAAACUACAAUUUGACAUAUGGGAAAAGGAAAAACUCGAAUUGCAUCAUGCCCAAAAGUAGUUGUUGUUUGUGUCUCCAAAGAUAGGGGGCUGCAACAUCGCGUUCUUCCGGGAGAGCGAGGAGAACACAGGGAGAACGCACAAAUAAAAGCGGUGCAGGUCCUCCAAACCCUAGUCGCGCAGAUGCAGGAGCUUCGAAAUAAAAUCAUCAGUUUGCUAUUGGAUGAAU